AUGUCUCAGGUCCCCCGCAGACUGCAGGAGGACGCCUUGCUGAGGGUCCGUCCCACAGGCCUCCGUGCCGCCACUGCCCGCCCUAUGACCAUGCUUGCCGCCUUUUCAGGCUCCGAGUCGUCGGCCUCGCCGCCGGCCUUCUCGCCGGGCAUGGACUCGCCGCGGCCGCCGCCACAGGCUGGCCUCUCUGGCUUUGGCGGGCCGGUAGUGGCCCCGCGGCUGGCGGGAACAACCGGCGCGCUUACUGCUGACCAGCAGCAGUGGGUUGCGGCCGUCCGCUCGCGUAUCUCGUCGCAGUCGCGCUCGCGCUCGCGGUCGUCGUCGCUCGCGCCGGCGCGGCCGCGGGCACCAGCCCGGGCCGAGAUCACGCCGCAGCGCGCAGGAGUCAUGGCUGCCGCCACACUCAUGCCGCCGCCGACCACCACGCUCAAGCGCCGUCGCGACGAGGGCGCGCUGGCCCGCCAGGGUGCCGUGCCGACGUUUGUCACGCCGCGUGCCGCCCAGGCCGUCUCCGUCAAGCGCCGUCGCGUCGCCCUUGACCGCGCCGCACCCGGCGGCUUCUCCAACCUCAUCCGCAUGGCGCGCGUCCAAGCCUUUGGUCAGACCGUCAAAGAGCUUGACGUGGUCAUGACCCUCGUCCGCAAGACCAUCGAGCAGCUCCGCAUGGAGGGCGCUGCCUUUCCCGAGUACACCCGCUUCCAAGCCGAGCUCGAGGGCGAGUUCCACAACUUGCUCAGCCUUAUGGACGAGCAGCGCUCGCUCGAGCGCGGCACUGCGGCCGUUGUUGACGCCAAGAAGGACCUGCGCGCAAAAAUCCUCGCCCAGAAGAAGCACAUCGCCCACCAGGAGGCCCUCAUCGCCAAGGCCCAAGCCGAGCUCGACGCCGUCACUGCUGACGUCCACGCUGCAGAGGGCGCCCAUGACUUUGUCUCGGCUCUCCAGCGCCUUGUUUCCACCUCGGCCACAGACGCCGCUUCGCGCCCCUCAUCCGCCGCCGCCACCUCGCGCGCCCACCACACAAAUCUGCAGGCUCAGCUUGUCGCCGCCGUCACCGCCGCCUCCAACCUCGACCAUCUCCGCGCCAUCAACGAGCGCCUUGCCGCUACCGUCGUUGCUGUCUCGGCGGAGCGCUAGCCGGCACCUCUAAAUGUCAUACCUGUCUGG